AUGGCCGGAGGAGGUGGUGGUGAUGGUGGUAAGCUGAUGUCGAUGUGUGAGCGGGCGCGGCUGGCGGGGGUGCCGCAGCCAGAGUCGGGGCUCAACUGCCCACGCUGCGACUCCACCAACACCAAGUUCUGCUACUUCAACAACUACUCGCUCACCCAGCCCCGCCACUUCUGUCGUGCAUGCCGCCGCUCCUGGACCCGCGGUGGCGCGCUCCGCAAUGUCCCCGUCGGCGGCAGGUACCGCCGGCAUGCCAAGCGCAGCGCCAAGCCCAAGGCGGCGUCGACCGCCUCCGGAGCCGGAGCAGGGACGUCGUCCGCAACAUCAAUGACGCCCAACACCACUUUCACCACCACCUCGUCGCCCGCUCUCCAGUACUUCAUGUUCGGCAGCGCACCCCCGCAAGACCUGUUAAUUGACAGCUUCGACCCGACGAGCCUUGGCCUAAGCUUCCCAGCUAAUCUGCUCUUCGCCGAAGGCGGCGACUACGCGGUGGAGGGCGACGUGCACCACCACCAGCAGGGUAACGAGACCGACAUGGCCCAGAUGCAGAGCUUCCCGCACGCUAUGGAUCACCAGAUGGCCGGGCAGCUAGCUGUGGCGAUGCCCACCACAAUGGCGGCGAUGCAGGACAUGUUCCAACAAGUGCUACAGAGUGGCGGCAAUGGCGACGACGGAGGAGACCACCACUUCCACCACCACCAGCAGCAGGAUUACGCAAGCAGCAGGGCCAUCUACAGAGACGUCGUCAAUGGCAAUGGCGGCGGUGGCUACAAUUUCUAUUCCAGCACCAGUAAUGCACCUGGUAAUUAG